CUGGCGAAUAACAGUCUGAUCGGAGGUCUUCAAUCUCCUCCCUCUGGCUGGUUUACUGCCAUCGUGCACGCCUCAGUCUACGUCGCAGCUUUGCAAAGUCGUGAUGAAGAGCUAGCAUUCCAGCAACUGGCUGUCAGUCAUGCAGCUCACAAUGCAUUGACAUGGACUUUCCACGGCACACGCAACUUCGCCAACAUUUAUGAUAAGAUGUCAAAUAUCACUGCUCGGAUCGGCAUCAAUCACACAAGUGAUGAUUACAGAAGAGCUGCAGAAAUCGGCCAGGCUGCUGCUCUCAGAGUGACCACAGCACGACAAGGCGAUCUUCUCGAUAACUUCGUUCAGUAUGUCUAUGGACCAGAGGAACCAGGUGUCUAUCAACGCACUCCAGGAGGUCUCACGGCUCCUGACACACCUCAAGCCCGCUAUCUUCGUACCUUCGGCGGCAUUGGCAACAUCACACGCUUUCGUGCCCCUCCACCACCAGCAAUCGACUCCGAAGAAUACGAAGGCAUCCUCAACUACGUCAAAGCCCAAGGCGAACAAAACUCCACCGAGCGCACAGAAUACAACACCGAAACCGCCUACUUCUGGCGUGAAUCCUCUCCCAUCAUCUGGAGUAGAUUCGCCUACAACGUUCUCGCAAACAGAUACGCCACCGACGUUCUCAGCUCAGCUAAAUUCGCAGCACAACUCAAUUACGCCUUGGCGAACGCCGCGAUCGCCGGCUGGGAUUCCAAAUCUUUCUAUAAUGCUUGGAGGCCUGUGACUGCUAUUCGUCGAACAGAUGUUUGGUUGCCAAGUGGUAAUAAUGUUUCGGAUCCGGAAUGGACGCCUCUGCUGAGUCCUACGCCAAAUCACCAGGAGUAUACUUCCACGCAUGCGUGUUUUGGGGCUGCUGCGGCGGCUGUGAUCAAGGCGUGGAAUAAUGGGUCUGAUACGAUCGAUACGCUGCUUAGUACGAAUGCUACUGGGCGUGGAGUGAUUCAGAGGCGAUACACAAGUUUGCAGCAGGCUGUGAAGGAUAAUGGAGAUAGUCGAAUCUUUGGGGGCAUCCAUUUCCAGUUCGCGUCAGACGUCGGAUCUGUUGUCGGAAACGAUGUCGGAGAGGCUACAUUGAAAGUGUUUGAUGACAGGUGGUGGGAGUUCUAA